AAUUGUUUUCCAAAAAUACAUCAGACUGUGUGGAGGCGGCACCUUAGCAUGCCGUCUAAACAAUAUUAACAUUUAGAUAUAUCGUAAAUCAGAAAUAUGAGUAUUAUAACAUCAAUGCGAAUAUUAGUACUGUUUAUUUUAUGUUACAACAAAGCCAAUGCAGCGCUUAGCACCCGGUAUCCUAUAGGAGGUUUAUUUAACUCUGAAACAUUACCGACUUCAGAGGUAGCGUUUGACAAUAUAGUGAAACAGGGCAGCAAAGCAUAUCAUGGCAGAGUUAUACAUUCAGAGGUUGAUGACAGUUAUUCUGCUGCUCUGGAAAUGUGUGAUUACACUUCGGAUAAUAAAGGUAUAGUUGCAUUGAUCGAUGCAAGGCCCGUUGACGAUAUUUGUGACUUCACUUGCAUGCUAUGCAACAGCCUCAAUAUAUCAUAUCUGUCGUUAAAUUGGGAGCCGCCGGUUACAUUGGAAAAGGAUUUAUUCACGUUUUCAUAUCACCCUUCGCCGGAAAUGAUAUCAAAAGCCUACGCGACUCUUAUUAAAAAGCUUCAGUGGGAUAAAUUCACAAUACUUUACGAGGAUGAAUCCAGUUUUGUACGUCUGCAAGAAGUUAUAAAUACUUGGCCGUAUAACAGUGACCAAAUAUUGUUUAGACAGUUACAUCCCGAUAAAGACAAUCUCGAAACGUUCAAAUAUAUAUUCAAAGUAGUACAUAUGAGCUAUCACGUUCUGGACUGUGACGUGAAAAAUAUUAUGAAGUAUAUGCACGAGAUAGUGAAGGUGGAGAAUUCGACACAGUACCAGAGUUUCAUCCUAACCGCCCUCGACGCGUACACUGUGAAACUGGAUGAGAUAGAUGAACUUCUAGCGAACGUAUCCACGAUGCAUCUUACCACAUCUGAUGACGUCAAUUGGAAGGAUUUGGAUAUGAGCAACGAUGUUAUACGGUUAGAAACAGCUUUGACGGCAGAUGCACUGAAUCAUCUAGAAAAAGCUCUCAGAAGUAUGGGAAUAUCUGAAUAUAUAGACAAUCCACCGGCGUUAUGUUUCAAAGAUGCUAAAAUUGAUUACCAAGAUGCAGCAUGGCCAAAAGGUGAUGACCUUCGAAAUGCUCUAUUACAGACCAAAACAAAGGGGUUCACAGGUAAUAUCGAAUUCAAUGAGAUUGGGCAAAGAAUAAAUUUCAAACUUCAUUACUCAAAAUUAAGCAUUGAGAGUGAAUUCAUUCACGUCGGUCACUGGGACUCCAAGACAGACAUGAUAACGGAUGAGAGAGAAGUUAAGGAGAGAUCUUCUACGUCUAAAUCUGUUAUACGGGUAGUGUCUAAGAAGGGAAAACCGUACUUUGAUGUGGUACAAGUUAAUGGAACAACAAUGUUCGAGGGAUACGCCGUGGAUCUAAUGCAAAAUAUCUUUGAUUAUAUGGUGAAGAAUAACCUCAUACAUAAGGAUCUAAAAUAUGAGUUUUAUAGAGAAAGUGAAGACAAAUAUGGCAAUCCGAUAGCUGGAACUAAAAAGUGGGAUGGAAUUAUUGGAGAAUUAAUAGAGCAUAAUGCUGAGCUAGCUAUCUGCGAUAUUACAAUAUCAUCAGAGCGUAACGCCGUAGUAGAUUUUUCAACGCCGUUUAUGAGUUUAGGGAUCAGUUUGGUGACGAAAGAACCCGAUCCGGUACAACCGGAUAUGUUUUCUUUUAUGAAUCCCUUGUCUUUGGAUGUUUGGCUAUACUUAGCAACAGCAUACAUCAUAGUUUCAUUCAUCUUGCUUAUAUGCGCUCGUAUGAGCCCGGACGAUUGGGUCAACCCUCAUCCAUGCAAUCAAAAUCCUGAAAAUCUUGAAAAUAUCUGGAGCUUGUACAAUUGUAUGUGGCUCACUAUGGGUGCCAUUAUGACGCAGGGCUGUGAUAUAUUACCAAGAGCGGCAGGCUCAAGAUGGGUGGCCGGGAUGUGGUGGUUUUUUGCUCUAAUCGUGACCGCGUCGUACACAGCCAAUAUGUCUAGUUUCGUCAGCGCCAGCAGGAGAAGCAAUGAGAUAAAAGACGCCAAAGAUUUGGUUGAACAGACCAGUAUCGCAUACGGAACUGUGAUUAAUGCGUCUACUUACAAGUUCUUUGAAAAUUCCAACGACACGGUGUAUAUGAAAAUAUUUGCCGCCAUGAAAUCAGCGAAGCCGACAGUUUUCACUGCCAACAAUGAGGAAGGGGUCAAUCGUGUUCGACAGAGUAAAGGAAAAUAUGCUUUUUUCAUGGAAUCCACACAGCUAGAAUAUGCAAUGCAAAGGCACUGUGAUUUGAGAAUGGUUGGUUCAAAACUAGACUCAAAAGAUUACGGCAUAGCAAUGCCAAAAAAUUCUCCAUACAAGAAUGCGAUUGAUACAGCCAUUUUAGAAUUGCAAUCAUCGGGUACAUUGUUUAAGCUGAAGAAAACGUGGUGGGAAGACAAGGAUAUUGACGAAAAGUGCGAGAAAUCGGAAAACGAGGAAGACGAUAAUGGAUCGCUACAGAUGAAGAAUACGAGUGGAAUAUUCAUAGUGCUCGGUGUUGGCGGGCUGUUAGGCUUCUUCGUGGCCAUCGUAGAUUUCCUCUUGCACUCUUACAAAAUUUGUGUCAAAGAAAAGGUAACCUUCAAAGAGGCGCUCCUGAGUGAAUGGCGCGCGUCUCUCAACCCUCGAGCUCUUCACCGGCUGGCCGCUCCCCCCCGCUCCGCCGCACCUUCCACCGCCACCCCCUCGCCGCUGCGGGAGCGAUCGCAGUCUCGUGCCGUCUCCGUGUUGCGAGCUGCUACUUCUUUUAUCAACUUUGAUGAAAUUUACUAACAUCUCUUUCAUGAACAGUUAGCUUAAAAAUAAUCCUGAUCUUGGCAAGUCAUUUCAUCAUCAUCUUUAACAGGAUGGACGUCCUCUGCCGGACAUAAGCCAUUUGUAUGGAUUUCCAAACGCAAGGUUCACGGGCCGCCAGCAUUCAGCGGGUACCUGCAACCAGCUUGAUAUCUAGUGGUGGUCGACCACAACUGCGCUUCUAUGCGGGGUCACACCGCACCUUGUGAACCCAACGUUCAUCCAUUCUUCGAACUAUGUGUCCAUUGUCACUUCAAAUUCGCGACUCACUGUCCUACGUCAAUGACUGAAACAAAUCUAAGUAAUAAAAAUUAAAUUAAUAUUUGUUAAGUUUUAACAAAAGUUUUAAUAAAGGCAUUU